CAUUGUUAUCAUUGAAAAUCGCGCUCAUUUUUGUCAUAACACAAGAAAGGGACAAUUUUAGGUAAAUUGAAUAUAUUUUGGGUUUUUUAUUUACAAGCUAUUCAUGGCUAUUGGAUGUUACUCAAAGAUAGACUUGGAGCUACAUACUGUACUAUGCUGACAAGUCAUUCAGCAUUAAAUAAACUGGUUAAACUGAUAAUUUAGUUUAUUAACUAAGGUAUCUCUACUUAUUGAGAUAGAAAGCAACUCGAGGCAGCUGUGAUGCACUGAAACGACUUUAAGUUGUCGACUUAACUUUUGAAAUUUUUUUCUCUAACUGACUCGUUUUUUUUUGUUGCAAGAAAAAUUUGACAGAAGUGAUUGCCUUUAAUAACCAACCUAGAACUUUUGUUUUGUUUCAUCCUUGUUCUACAACUUGUUUCCUAAAUUUUGGUAACAAAAAUUAUUUUUUGUAUUUCUACCUCUAAGCUGCCACAACAGGUACAACCUUUACUUUCAACUGGAACAAUAUAACACUAAUCUCCUUCAACAAUUAUCUACUCAACACAUCAUUCCAUUUUCCCUUCUUCAUACUGUGACUGUCUCACUUCAACCAAAAGGCUUCAACCAAUUUGGAAAGAUUAUAACCCUUCAAACCACUAAUAUGCUUGUAAUUAUUGAGUUGUCCUUUUCAAGACGUACCAGUUUGAAUACAAUAGAAAGAAAGUAAUUGCUGAAAUUUAUUUACAAAUGUAAAGGAUUGGGUAAAAAUAUCGUCCAAUCUCUGGUUAAAAAUAUUCGAUAUUUUUUGCUCAAGGAUUAGCUAUUUCUGUUUAACUGUCCAACGGAGAUUUUGCAAAUUUGUUUUUGUUUAAUUUCCAACUUCUAUAAUUUUAAGAGACAAACUCUUAUUGUCGUUUGCCUCUCAUCCUUAGUUGUUUGUUUCUUCAAUUUCAAUUUACUAAUUGUUCUAUAUGCCUAGAGAUAUUUUUAAUGUUGUAUUCUGACAUUCGGUUCAUGCAACGAUAAAGUGUUGUUAAAAAUGUUGGUUACGUCUUUCAAACAAGCACCAGAUGUGAAUAGCUUUUACCUUUGAUAAACAUAACCCUUUCUUCAUCCUAUUAAGUUAUUUAUUGUCUUUAUUUUAUAAUAACAAUGUUUUUUAGUAUUUUUUUAAAGCUUGUCAUAUUUUACUGUUUACCAUGGAACAACAACAUUGAUGCAUCAAACAUUAUUUUUGCAAAUACUAAGCAAAUAAGUGAGGUGCAUCUAGAUUCAACAAGAUUGGACACCUCUGUUGUGGUUGACAAUCUCGGUGAUGCUACUGCCCUGGAUUUUAGUUUUAAAGAACAGCUAAUCUUUUGGAGUGAUUUAGCCACUAAAAAGAUUCAAGGUGUUCGUUUAGGAAAUAAAUCUUCAAAACCAUUUGACAUAAUCAACACUGGUGUAUCUUCACCUGAUGGAUUGGCUUGUGAUUGGAUUACCAAAAAAAUAUAUUGGUCAGAUGCCGAUACUAAAAGAAUCGAGGUUGUCCAGUUCGAUGGAAAAAAUAGAAAAGUUUUAUUUUGGAAAGACAUUGAUUCACCGAGAGCUUUAGCAUUGGUACCUCAAGAAGGUUUACUUUUUUGGACUGAUUGGGGAGAUAAAGCCAAAAUUGAAAGAUCCUCUAUGGAUGGAAAACAUAGACGCAUAUUAGUUAAUGAAGAAUUACGUUGGCCUAAUGGUUUAGCAGUUGAUUUCGCUGCAAGACGAAUCUAUUGGACUGAUGGAAAACUUAAAUACAUCUCUAGUGUCGAUUAUAAUGGAGGAAAUAAAAAAAUGUUUCAAACAAAUAUUGCUCAAGCAUUUGGAUUGACACUUGAAAAAGAUUUGCUAUAUUUAACUGAUUGGACAAAUAUGGGAAUAAGUUCAUGUAACAAAGUUAGUGAAAAGUGCAAAAUGCUGAUUCCAAGUAAUAAACAUCAAGCAAACUAUGGAUAUCCUUCGGGUAUCAAAGUCUACUCACCUUUACUGCAACCUGAAUAUGUAUCCAACUGUUCUGUCAAUAAUGGUGGAUGUUCCCAUUUGUGCCUUCUUUCUUCUGACCCACCAUAUUAUUCAUGUGCCUGUCCAACUGGUGUUCUCUUAAAAUAUAACAAAAAAACCUGUGCCAAAUUAUUAUAAUAAGAAGAUUAAAUUAUCAACAAUUACGACCAAAGUGGUUAAGUUAAGGUCGCAUAGAUGGCAUUGUAUUCGCUUGUAAAAAUUUCUCAAACAUAUGACAAAAUUAAGUUUUGUAAAUCAAUUCUCGUUCUAAAUUAUGUCAUCGUUUCUUUAGUUUAUUGAUUUGUUUCUCUGUGUUGUAUUGUAUUUCUAGCUUUUUGACUCUAUUAUUUUCUUGACGAGUUGUUCCUGCUUUCUUCACCAUGAUUAGCAUCGACGUUACAAGAGGAAUACAGAUGAUUAAAACCGGACUGAAACAAGACAUUGAUAAUUUAUUAGAAGAAUUUGAUAAAACGAGAAGUUUGAGAUUUAUUGAUUUUGCUUGUUUAUGGAGAGACAAAAGCUUCAACUUCAUUUUUACUUAUAAGUUGAAUCAAAAUGACUUGAGGGAAUUCAUCGAGGAAGCUUUCAAUAUUGUCCUGGACCCGCUUUGUUCAGAUACUACACCAGAGCGUUCCAUUUCAUCUCUAUAUUUCAUUUAUUGUCUUUAUACAAGUCAACCUAUUGAGCCAAAAGUACCAAUUAAUUUGACUCUAAACAAGUUCAAAUUCUUCCGCUCACUGUUAGCUGCAACUAAAGAAAGCAAACAAAUUGAUGCCUGUUACAUUUUUUUGAAAUUGGUAUCUCUGGGCGCAUUUAAUUUGGUGGCUCGAAAUAAACCUUUCGGACCUUUGACUAUCAGAAAGACUGUAGUCUCAAGUGCCCAAACUUCACGAGAGCUGCCAAUCGGACAAUUGUGUGAUUUGGAAUCUUACAUUGGCAAAUUGCAGUGGAUUCACACUCUCUACAACAAUAAGAAAAGAAGCUUAGAAGGUGAUGAUGUAGCAGAAGUUAAGAAUCUUGAACUUAUUAACGAUGAAUUAUUCAGUGAAUACGAAAAAUUGUCCGAACGGACUAUUCCUGAAGCUGGCAGCCCAGACGAAGUAGAUGUCGACGGCGCUCAAUUUAAUAAUUUAUGAUUGUCAACUUGGCAUCUAUCGUAAUUUUUUUCAACAAUAAUCCAGUGUGCUGUUAAAUCGAACAUACGUGUAAAUUUGAGUGAAUACCUGAUUUGAAGUUGAAAAUAAAGAUUCAGAUGGAGCAACAGCAGCUAA